AUGUCGGGUCGCCAGGUCUCCCACGGUCGUGGGGGUGCAGGAAACAUUCACACUGAUGGCAAACCACCCAUGCCCGCCGAUCUGGUCACCCCCACCAUCAAGCAGGACUUUUACACCACUGGCCGCGGCGGAUCAGGCAACAUGAUGUUCAACGACAAGGACCGUCCGGAGAUUGCGCGUGGCAGUCAGGACGUGGAGGAGCCUCCGAAGCGAUCGGAGGAGAGCGUCCAGUUCACCGGUCGAGGUGGUGUCGCCAACGCUGUCAUCCCUAGCGUCGAGGAGCAAAAGGCCAAAAACACCGCCUCUGCCGUCAGUUCUGGCCAACAGCGAGACCGAGUACCGUCGAAAGAACGACCCAAGGAAGUCCCUGGCGGCAAGACUACCUAG